AUGGCAAGGUUUGGCCGCAAAAAAAAUCGUAUUGAGAAGAUACAAAAUAAAAAGCAAAGGAAUGUGAAAUUCUCUAAAAGGCGUACUGGUCUUUUUAAGAAAGAAAGUGAGCUAUCAACACUUUGUGAUAGUCUAAGUACUAUUGUGAUUGUGAAUCCUCCAGCAAACAUUUAUGGCACCAACUCCAGCCUCACCGUGCCUCGUGAAAAUGCUACUAGAAAGGUAAAUUCGAAGCUACUAGAUAGCAUUUUCACGAGGCACAGUGAGGCCGGAGUUGGUGCCAUCAAUGUUUGUUGGAGGAUUCACAAUCACCAUAGCACUUAG